ACCAUAGAGGUAAGGUUUGUUAUUGUUUACCCCUAAAAAUUAAUCUCAUACAACAUCGACUAAUUACAAGAAAUUUAAUAGAUUUAUAAGGCUAGCUCAACAUUAAUCAUUAAAUGAGCUAGCUGGGCCUUAUUACGUUUUUGUGCCUAAGUGGCCAAGCCACCUAUCUCUAGCCUAGUGGUUGGCCGCCCCUGUAGCCCAGACGAUGCCUCCACCGCCUUAGUUCGUAAUAUGACUCUAAAAAAAAGUAUGGAGACAAGGUGAGUGGCAAAACUAAGCAAGGAGCAACAAGCCGACAAGGCAGACUUUGUAUCAAGAUAUGAAAUUUGGCUAAGUACAGCGCUAAUGGGAUACCAAUUCGGCAAGGCAGGGCUUGGUACCAUGACAUGGAAUUUGGCUAAGUAUGGGUUGGGUAUCAACUUGAUGGAGAAUUGGUGUAGAGCCUCUUAAGGCUGGGUUGGUAGUAGGGGCUGACAUGACUGGCUUGGUGGCAGGGGGUAUCAAGUCGGAGAGACAACAAAAGCAGGAGCAAAACGAUAUCAACAAAACUAAGUAUGGAGUCUUGGGGGGGCUGCCAAGGGGGUGGUCGAGACUUCAUCAUGGAGGCAAGGCUAAGGACUUCAACCCCAUCCAGUCAAGAGAAGGCAACACGACUCAACACCAACCUGGCUUCGAGGCUAUCAAGUACCAACCAGUCAACAAGGCCAGACAAGGGGCCCCAAGGUGAUAGGAGUCAACACCAAGGCGGCGACACGGGGUCCUAAGGCGGUUGGAGCAACAUGCUGGCUAGCAGUUACCAAUACACCUAGUGGAUAUAAAUAGGAGAAACUAAGAUUGUAAGAGGGUUCAACAAUCAAACAUUUAACGCACAAUGUCAAAAUAUAUACUCUCUGCAAAUUAGUUUUACCUUUAGUUUUUGGAGCUCUCACUGAACCUCCAUAAGAGUAGGAGUAAUUAACGUAGAUUGUUCCUUAAAAACCAUCAAACACCCUCGUUCGAACAUUGUUCAAAGAUGUGAAUCGUGUUAAUUUUCGUUGUUCAAUAAGUCAAGGUGCAUUAAUUGAUUUCAAACACCCAAGUUUUCCUUGCCAAAAAACAAAUUGGCACACCCGGUGGGACCCUGUGUAUUUGAUUUGAUGACUCCACGACUGAGAGAACGAGAAGGUGAUCUAUCACCUGGAUUGUAAAAGAGCUAGUGGCCAGGUAUGAUCUUGGCCAAAUAACAAAAAUUGACGCCGUAAACAAUGGUGGGGCAAGAGGUCAGCCAUCACCGACAUCAUGUGUGGGUGUAACCACCACCACUUUGUCUCUCCACAAGUCACUGGUGGUAGAAAUACAAUUAAUGGAGGAGGCUAUGGUGGGAUACACAAAACAAAUUGUAUCUCAACUUGAUUGUUUCCAUACUCGCCUAAAUUGAUGUUUGGAUCAACUGGAUGAGAUUUGCGAGAUAAAUGAAAAUAAUUUUAAGAAGUUUCACCAACUUUUAAUGAAGCCAGUGUUGAGAUCGAAGGUUUUGACGAAAGAUGGUGUAGAUCCACUAUCAAGCGUUGCUACUAGGGAUACGAGAAUUCUAGACUCCGGUGGCCGGACUACUAAGCCACGGCCAGAGAACUCAUCGUGUCCAGUGACCAGUCAACCACCUCUUCAAUUUGGUGGUUGUGCGAGAAUCUCGCUCCCACGUUCACCACUCGCGUAAAGCAAUUUCCUAUACUGACAGUUACUUUAGAAACUGCGUUAGAGGCUAGACCAUGAUUUAAUGUGAAAGUUGGUGGAGGGCCACUCACUACAGAUGUGUUCCCACAAGCUUGCCCAACUCCACUGCCAUCCAUGCCCAUCAAUUCUGGUGAAUGCGAACCGUCAGAGGGUCUACAAAGGUGGUAUGAAAGCUUACCACCUGACAAGUUGAAGGUGAAAUGUCAAGCUAGGGGGCACGUUGAUUUCAUGAUAAAUGGAAAAAGUGAUUUGUCUAGGGACUCACCACAUAUUGUAACUAAGUGUGGGAAGAAGGGCAUCUUUUCAGCUUCAUGUAGUGGGAAGGGGAGCAUGUCAUCAAACGCGAAGAAUGAAGUGAGUGGCAAGUCUACGGGGGUGUUGCAUACCCAUGCCACCCAUGAUUUUCAUAACUUUGAGAGCGUGUCAAAGAGUGAAAAAGGAGGCAAGUUCAUGGCUAAGGCCCCACAUAGCAUGCCAACCAUGAAUGGUCGACAGGGUGCAUGCCAUCAACCACAAAUAGUGGACAGAUAGACGUGCCCAAGAAGCCACAACAAACCCAAGCCACACAUGCUUAUAGUAAGCAUGAUAGUGUAGCUAUCUGUAGCAAGGGGGGCAUGCCACAUACAAUGAAAAGUGGUAUGAUGG